AUUGAUUAAUCCGUUUCCUUGGCCUCGCCAUUCUCUUCUGCCACUAGGGCAGUCAUUACAAUUUCGAACUCGCCUGAAGCUACUCAACACCAAAAAGCUAAAAAGAGCGGGAAAGCCCAAAAAAAAAUUAGACUAUCCUUCACCCCUUUCUGACACUAUUGGCUGACCCUAGGGCAAUGCCUGUCGGUGAUCGAGAACUGAAUGUGCUUGGCGAGUUCAAACCAUUCGGCUUGGUCGCCGAAGCUUUCGACGGCAAAUCUUCUUCUGACAAUCCCCAGGAUGAUUACUCAUACUUCUUGUUCGACCCGGAAGUUGCCCGACAAAGAGACGACGCCGAGAAUACGGUCUGCACAUCGUCGACUACCGAUGGGAGUGAACACGAACUCUUCAUCGGAGGAAACCGGAUAAUAUGGAGCAUUGGCGCCAGAGUGUACAAAAGAUUCAGUUUUCCGUCCAAAGUCUUGAAGGCAUGUUGGUGCCGGAUGGGUGAUUUGUCGGAGGCUCUUCUUUGUGUUCUUCAGAUCAAUAGUUUGACCAUCUACAAUACAUCAGGUGAAGUUGCAUCUGUUCCUCUUCCUCACAGCAUUAUAUCAGUUUGGCCUCUUCCAUUGGGUUUACUCAUACAAGAUGCACCCGAAGGGAAUUUCUCAGUGCACAUUCCAUUUUCGUCUCCUUCUGCAUCUCUAAGCACUCGUGAUAUUGCUCGUUCAAGAAGGGAAGUUGGAUACAGCUCUCAAAAUAACUCUACUGCAACUCAUGCCUUUGAUUUUAUCUACAAGGCUGAUGGAACUUCAGGAUCCUCACAUUUGAUAUUGAAGGAUCCACUGGAAGAACCUCAGCCAACUUAUAUUGAGGAAAGAGGAAAACUAAACAUCAUUAAAGAGUUUGAUGAACGAACAAUAUGGACCAGUAAUUGUGUUCCUCUGAUGGCAUCUUAUAACAAAGGAAAGAUGCAACAUUCGGUGUGGGUUGCAGAAAUUAUCAACUCUAACCUCGAAGUGGUAAAAUCUGGAUUAUCUGAUGUAGUGCCUGCUGGGGUGCUAACAAAACAAAUUUCCUUUCGAAGGAUAUGGCAGGGGAAGGGCUCAAAUGGUCCUUCUAGUAAGGUGUUUUUGGCAACUGAUGACGAUGCUGUGCAAAUUAUUUGCUUUCUUCUCCAUGAGCAAAAAAAGUUGCUAUCAGUCCGGCUUCAUAGUGUAGAAAUAGAUGAUGAAAUUGUUUAUGAUAUUAAACCUGACAUGAGCUGGAGCAUUCCGGCAAUUGCUGCAGAACCUGUUAUUGUUACCCGUCCUAGAGUGAACAUUGGCCUGCUUCCAUUUGUAGACAUCAUUGCUUUAACGUCAGAGAACAGCCUUCUUCUCUAUUCUGGGAAGCAAUGCCUUUGUAGAUACACAUUGCCUUCAUUUUGGGGUAACCAUCAGCUGUCGUGGGUUACAAAGUCUUCAGAGACAUCCAUUAUUCAUGAAAUAAAAGCUACUGGGUUGACUGAUGCUGUUCAAGGGCGUGUAAAUGUUGUUGUAAAUAGUGGAAAGAUAUACCGAUGUAUUCUUCGGUGUAAUCCUUCAUCAUCACUAGUAAACAAUUGCAUCACAGCCAUGGCUGAAGCACUUAAUCCUAGUUUCUACAAUCACUUUCUUGUUUUAUUAUGGGGUGAUAGUGGUUCAGCUUUUAUGGCAAAGGUGGAUUCAGCUGUCAAUUCAGAAUGGGAGUCCUUCUGUCACGUGGUUAUGACACUUAGCAGAAGGUCUAGUGAUGUCUCUCUAAAACUUUCGUCUUCUGAUUCACAUUCAUCAUGGGAGUUUCUGAUCAACAGCAUGUAUCAUAAGAACUAUGGCAAGCAUAAUAGUAUUGCUGGAAUUCCACCUGUGGCAUCGUGUAACCUUCAGGGAUCAGACUCAUCCCGGUCACUUCUAAUGAGAACAGACAAUCAUGAAGAAUCAUUUUACAUCGAGUUAUUAAAGGAGAUUCUAGAUUCACUUCAUGCAGUAUAUGAAAGCCUGAAACUUGACAUUCUCCGCAAGCGGGAUGUAAGUCUUCUUGUAGUUUUAUUGUGCAAUAUUGCUGAUUCUUUGCGCGAAGAAGGCUAUUUGGAUUAUUAUAUGCGCGAUUUUCCUAGUCUUUCAAAUGACUUUGGAAUGUGCCAGUCAUCAUUGAUGAAUGAAAUUCCUCCUAGUCUUUUUAGAUGGCUAGAAAGCUGUUUGCUACACGGAUAUAGUUCAGCUAAAAUUAGUGAUCUUCCUUUUCUAAUUCGUAAAGAUGGGACUUCGGCUGUUUGUUGGGCAAGGAAGAUAGUAUCCUUUUACAGUCUAUUGUGUGGUGCGGAACAAUUGGGAAAGGGGCUGUCAUCUGGUGUUUGCUAUACUGUAGCAUCUGGAUCACAUUCUACUAAAGAGGAGCUAGUCGUUUUAGCCAUGGUUGGAGAAGCAUUUGGUUUGCAAGAAUUAGACUUGCUGCCUGUUGGUGUCUCUCUUCCAUUGCGCCACGCACUAGCUAAGUGCCGUGAUUCUCCUCCCACUGACUGGCCGGCUGCUGCAUAUAUUCUCCUUGGGCGGGAAGAUCUUGCCUGGUCAUGUCCUGUUCAUCCAAGAAAACCCAAGGAAAAUGAGCUUCAUACAAAUGGAAGUUUGACUUUUCAGUCUGCCCCUUACAUGGCUCACCUGCAGCCUGUGACAAUUCCUUCCUUAGUUUCGGAUACAAUUGAGUUGGAGAAUAAUAAGCUAGAGGAUGUUGAUUCAGUUGAUGGAUCUUUGAUGGAUGGAAUGGAGCAUAUUUUCAAUUCCAGCACUCAGUUGCGAUAUGGUCGUGAUCUGCGUUUAAAUGAGGUUAGACACAUAUUAUGUUCUGCAAGGGCAAUAGCAAUUCAAACACCCGUUAGUCCUACAGCAUCUGAUCAAGACCUCCAGCAGGCGCAGUUGUGGCAGCUUGCUCAAAGGACUACUUCCCUACCUUUUGGUCGUGGUGCUUUCACACUUGCCACGACAUGUACUCUUUUAACAGAGGCACUCACAGUCCCAAAGCUUGUUUUAGCAGGCCGGCUACCUGCACAACAGAAUGCAACAGUAAAUUUGGAUCCAAAUGUUAGAAAUGUACAAGAACUCAAAUGUUGGCCUGAGUUUCACAAUGCUGUUGCUGCUGGACUGAAACUUGCUCCCCUGCAGGGGAAGAUGUCAAGAACAUGGAUAGUAUACAACAAGCCUGAAGAGCCCAAUGUUGUCCAUGCCGGGCUCCUUCUUGCCUUGGGGUUACAUGGGCAUCUUCGUGUGCUGACCAUAACAGACAUUUACCAAUACUAUUCCCAGGAACAUGAAAGCACAACUGUAGGGCUAAUGCUUGGUCUAGCUGCAUCAUACAGGGGAACUAUGCAACCUGCUAUUUCUAAGUCUUUAUAUGUGCAUAUACCGGCUCGGCACCCCUCUUCCUUCCCGGAACUAGAAUUACCAACUCUUCUACAGUCAGCAGCACUUCUGUCUGUUGGGCUUAUUUAUGAAGGUUCGGCACACCCACAAACAAUGCAAAUUCUUCUGGGUGAAAUAGGUCGGAGAAGUGGAGGUGAUAAUGUGCUUGAAAGGGAGGGCUAUGCAGUUUCUGCUGGAUUUGCUUUGGGGCUCGUUGCCUUGGGUCGUGGUGAAGAUGCCCCUGGCUUCAUGGAAAGUUUGGUUGAUCGGUUAUUCCAAUUUAUUGGUGGCAAAGAACAGAAAACUGAAAGAUUCUAUUUUCUUACGCAACCAGUUGAUGAGCACCAGCGAACUGUUGGACAGGUAAUGGAUGGGACUUUGGUAAAUAUUGACGUUACUGCACCUGGAGCAAUAGUUGCUUUGGCUCUAAUGUAUAUGAAGACAGAAUCAAAGCUAAUACUGUCUCGGCUGUCUAUUCCACAAACACACUUUGAUUUACAGUAUGUCAGACCUGACUUUAUAAUGCUUCGUGUCAUUGCACGGAAUUUGAUACUUUGGAGCAGAAUUUAUCCUUCUGAAGAGUGGAUUCAGUCCCAGGUCCCCAAAGUUGUCCAACAUUGCAUCGAUGGCCUUGCAGAUGAGAUGGAUGAUGCCAAUAACAUGGAUGCCGAAGCUUUUGUUCAGGCAUUCGUCAAUAUAGUGGUUGGAGCAUGUAUUUCUCUUGGGCUGAGAUUUGCUGGUACCCGGGAUGGAAGGUCACAAGAGUUGCUUUAUGAUUAUGCUGUCUACUUCCUGAAUGAGAUAAAGUCAGUUUCUGUUUCAAGUAAACAUUCGUUGCCAAAAGGACUGUCUAAUUAUGUUGAUCGUGGCACCCUUGAGACGUGUCUUCAUCUCAUUGUUCUCUCCUUAUGUGUGGUUAUGGCUGGUUCAGGACAUCUUCAAACUUUGAGAUUAUUGAAAUUCCUUAGAAACCGAAAUUCAACAGAGGGGCAUUCUAAUUAUGGUGCUCAGAUGGCAGUUAGCUUGGGUAUUGGUUUCUUGUUUCUUGGGGGUGGAAUGAGGACUUUCUCAACGAGCAAUACCUCAAUUGCUGCUUUAUUAAUUACCCUCUACCCACGCUUGCCUGCUGGACCAAAUGACAAUAGAUGCCACCUUCAGGCAUUCAGGCAUUUAUAUGUUCUUGCAACUGAAGCUCGGUUGGUUCAGACAGUUGAUGUUGACACUGGUAUGCCUGUUUAUGCUCCUCUUGAAAUUACUGUUCGAGAAACUGAACACUAUGCUGAAACAAGCUUUUGUGAGGUCACCCCUUGCAUUCUCCCUGAACGUGCUGUUUUGAAGACAGUUCGUGUUUGUGGUCCACGUUACUGGCCUCAUGUCAUAGAGCUCAUUCCUGAGGAAAAACCUUGGUGGGCUUCUGGAGACAAGGAUGACCCAUUCAAUUCUGGUUUUCUUUACAUAAAGAGAAAAGUUGGAGCAUGUUCAUAUGUGGAUGAUCCUGUAGGAUGUCAGUCUCUAUUGUCACGAGCAAUGCACAAGGUUGGUUUAGCAUGUUUACGAACUUCAUCUACUAGAACAGAGCGCAUGGGUGCAGUUACUUUAGAUCAGUUGAUCAGUACAUUCUCAUCUGAUCCAAGCUUGAUUGCAUUUGCUCAACGUUUUUGCGAGCCUUCCUUGAACAACAGUUCUGACGUUGACUUCCAGGAGUUUUGCCUUCAAGUGUUGUUUGAGUGUGUGAGCAAGGAUAGGCCAGCUUUCUUGCAGGUGUAUCUGUCAUUGUACACGACCAUUGGGUCUAUGGUUGAUGAGAUUACUAGUGCUACUUGCUCUCUAGGAGAUUCACUUUCUCUCUGGAGUAUAAAGCUUGCACUUGCCUAUAAUGAAGCUUUGCUCAAUGGGAGAUUGACAAUUCCGAAUGGGGGCAUUGUGCAAUCCACUUUUCUUGGGUCGCUUAAAAAGCGGUUGGAAGAGAUUCUGAACUUUUCUUUAUGCGUCACAAAUGAUGUCCAUGAGUACCUAUUGUCGGGGAGAUGGCCAGAAAAAGAUACCACGGGAUGGAAGCGAUCAAUACUUCUUUCUUGGUAUCUACAGUGGCAUGGUGUACCGCCUUCAAUUGGAGUUAGAAGUGCUCGAGAGAAAAUCAAGCUUGUCAACAUAUCCUCGUCAGUUCCUUUGAUGCAUUUGUUGUUUCCCGGAACUCAUGUCACUGCAAUUGGUGAGAUCUACAGAUGCUGGUUGUCUUCCCGGGUUGACAAAUGAUGCAAGAUAUGAGUGCCUUUUGGAAGGAGGUUAAUGCAGAACAGGCCUCUAUAACACCAUGAAGUUGGAGCAUUUACGACUUAAAAGAGCCUGCAGGCUGUUCUUUGGCCGUUAGCAACAGUAGCUUCCCGUGUUGUAUUUCGCAAGUCUAAUCUGGGAUCAUUUGAAUGCUCGCUCUAGGCCAGGAUGCUAACUCUGUGCCACAGUGAUAGACCCCCAACAAAAAAAAAAGGGGGUUCAAGUCGUGGGAUCUUCUUGUAUCCCCCAGUUUUAAGUACCGAGUCUGCAUCAGUGAUAACAGGUUAUUGCCUGGUUGCCAACUGAGCACCGUUGUUUCUUUCGGAUCUAAGGUAGAGAGCUCUUUUUUUGAAUUUCUGCAGAUGCUGUGAGGGGCAGUUGAUUGGGGCCUUUCCAGCACCUCUUCAUCUCUCGCCCAGCCCAGAAAAGCUUACACAGGGGCAUCACAUUCUGGGCUUGGUUUUGGUCUUGACUCUGGCCUGCCACAGCGUAGAUAAUCAAGUUCUAGAAAUCUUGUGUAAAUCUUGGUGUUGGGCAUCACAUUCUGGGCCUAGUGUUCAAGUACACGGAUCUUUUGGAGCCCCAGCUGCUGUUAAGUGAUAAGGCCUAUUUAUCAGCAGAUGUUAUGGAAGCUUUUUGUAGUAUAAUUGGUGCGUGUUGACGGGCGUUUGUCCUCUGUGGGACUGAAGAGCAACGAUUCUUCCCACAACGAGAUUCUAGUUGUACUGACCUGUAAUCAGGCCGAGCCUAGUCUUGACCAAGCUGAGCUCACAGGGAAAUUGGGCCUCGUUUUCGAGGCUCAACGCCAGCCCAGAUCGUUUAAGAUUAUCGGCAGCUUUUUGACACUGGGUGGGCUGAGUUUGGCUCGGCAUAUUCCAACGGACUUGAUGUCCGAUUGUUUCGCAAAAGAUUUUCUUUAUCCUCGCAAAAUUGAGGGGCUGUCCGACGAGUGGCGUAACGAUUCUGUUUAGUGGCAAAUUUUGUCAUUUCUGGCGAACAUUUGUAUUUUGUUUUGUCUGGCAACUAUUAAUGACUUGAACGCCAAUUGAGGAUAUGACUUUGUUGUUUUACCCGCAUGAAGAGAACUUCCUACCAAUUUCAAUUUCAAAAUACUUUCCACCUA